CGCAGGGCUCCACACGCCAGAGGGGAGGGCAGAGGGCUAACCGGCCUCCACCCUCCAGCCCGCUCCCGCUACCGUCUUUUCUUUGGGCGACGAGCCGACGUGUCGCACGACUGGGCAACCGCCGCCGCCACGCCGUCGCCGCCACGGCCUAGGUCAGGUGCCCAGUAUCCGUCGGGCCCUUCUCCAGGCCCUUCCCCGUCGACAGCAACAACCAGGUGUGGGCAAUAUCAAAUCAAACUUCUGCACACUUAUGGAGGCUUUAAUUUCAAGUUUAAAAAGCAUGGAGAUGGAAACCAGUAAGACGCCCAACUUGGGGAUUCAUUAGAAGCUGGGACCAGAGAUCAGUCAAAAUCCUAUGGAAAAUCAUGUUAACCCAGAAAAGGAAACUGAUGAAACUCCAGGAUCUGAGGUUAACCAAGAGCCUGUGGGAACAUGUCAGGAUGCAAUGGUGGAAACUGAUAUUAUCCCAGAAAAGCAAGCUGUUCCAGAGGCAGGCUUUGAGGUUAAUGAAGAACCUACGGAAACAUGCCAGGAAGCAGCUGCAGAAUCUGAUGUUAACCCAGAGAAGCAAACUUCUGAUCCAGGUGUUAUUUACCGCUGCAGAAAAUGCCGGAGAAUGCUUGCAACACAAGAAUUUGUUGUUACCCAUGAAGUAGGUGCGGGUGGCAAGAGCUUCAGAGCAGGAAAACAGUCUAAUGUGAAUGAGGAUGGCAAAAAAACAGAAUGUCCAUGCAUCUUCGUUGAGCCCAUGAAGUGGAUGCAAACUGUGGAAGAAGGAUAUGUUGCGAACAAGCUCUUUUGCAUGGGAUGCAAAGCUCGUCUGGGACAAUUCAACUGGGCUGGUAUGCAGUGCAGCUGUGGAGCCUGGGUGAUUCCAGCAUUUCAGCUGACCAAAAGCAAGAUCGACAAAUGUUCAAUGUAACACCAGGCAAUUAGGUGAAGUUUUAACCCCUUAGCAGUGAUGUUACAACAUAUAUAUGUAGCUAGGAAACAGAUCGUCUAGACAUGUAUAGGCACUCUGGUAGUUGGUUAAGUGGUUAUCAGCUGUUUAAUCUGCUGCUGAUGAUCUCAUCCAGAGCAUCAGGACAUGGGUUUCACCAAGGAGCUGUUUGGUUGGGCGCAAGGCAAAGGCAACGACAUUCAAUAGCGCUGUGAAUGGAUGACGUGCAGAAUCGUUCAAACCAAACGGCUCCUCAAGUUGGAACAACUAAAAAAAAACUGAAACUAGGAAGCAUUAGGCGGGCCCUCAGUUUACUGAUUUGUUUUGCCCUGCUACUUAGUUCUUUGGUGAAUUCAUAUGAUAAGGCAAAUCUCUUGACGUGAUCUAUUGUCCUGAGAUGGGUAUGAUAUGAUCCAUGUAAUCAGUGUGUCUAUUUCCUUGAGAUGGAUACUACAUUGCUGAUCCGCUGGUAACUUGUUAUGAGGUUGCCGGAUUGGGUGAAUUAUUAGCAUAUCCAUGUUAUGCUGGCGUCAGUUUCUUCUCUCUC